GCCCGGCCAACUUAGAUAAUCCUCAAUUAACGUCUACCCGUUGACGACACCUGAUCACGCAACCUCUAUCAUCUGCCUGUUAUUGAUACACAUCUCGUCCGAUUGAUACGCAAACCGGUAGACCUGACCGCGACAAUGGCUCCUUCGCUCAUCCGCCCCCAGGGCCACCUGUCCCCAGCCGAGGCUCUCGAGCUUGCCCAGAAAGCACCUACGAUUCUACGAAACAACCCGACAGCGUUCUCAUCGUCCCCCCUUCUUUCGCUCUUCUCGGCCUCGGAGACGCCAGAGAUAUGGACCAUCUACGAGAACCUCCUUCUGGCCUGCCUGCGAACGGGCGACAGCCAGGCAGCACACCAGUGCCUCGAGAGGCUGGUCAUCCGAUUCGGGAACGAAAACGAGCGCAUCAUGGCCUUCAAGGGUUUGGUGAAGGAGGCGGAAGCUGAUAAUGAUGGAGAACUUGCACAGGUACUCAAGGAGUACGAGACAAUACUAGGACAGAACGCGACGAACAUUCCUGUUGCGAAACGUCGCGUCGCCCUUCUGAAGUCGACAGGAAAGACAUCUGAAGCAAUUGCAGCCCUCAAUGGUCUCGUCGACUUCAACCCUACAGAUGCGGAGGCGUGGGCGGAGCUUGCCGACUUGUACCUUUCACAGGGGCUAUACUCACAAGCUAUAUAUGCGCUCGAGGAAGUGCUUGUGCUGACCCCGAAUGCAUGGAACAUGCACGCUCGUCUCGGAGAGGUAUUAUAUAUGGCUGCAUCGGCCUCUGAAGGCUCUUCACAGCAACAAUUGGCGGAAUCAGUCAAAAGAUUUAGCCGCAGCAUCGAGCUCUGUGAUGAUUAUCUCCGGGGGUACUACGGACUGAAACUGGUUACGAACAAACUUAUCAAGGAACCGUCAAAGCCGUCGAGACAAUCAGACUCGGAGGAUUGGACCCUUCCUGAUGUCGGUACGUUACAGAAGCUCAACGAGCUAGCAACGCAAAAGCUGGCCGACAUUGUACGCCGCAAUGGAGCGCAUGAGAGGCUCUGGCAAGGUUACGAUGAGUCGGAGGUGGCAGCAGCCCGAGAUCUGCUCUCGAAGGAGUCGGUGAACCUUGUGAGAUGAGCAGCGCGUCAUCCGAACACGAAAAGCAAACGACCCUGGAUUCUCUCAUAUCGUGACUGCAUGGUCACGUUGACGGAUUGGCAUGCCAACGGGCGUGCUUCAUGCACAUCAUAUUAGGCGAGCAGUCAUCAUCGGUACAGGCUGUACGUCGGAAUUAGCAAGCAAUCGGAACAUUCAAAUCAAGUAGUUAACGAAGCUGUGCCUGCAACAAAACGUUCACGUGCUACUGGCAAUGCGCGAGUAUCCUUGGCCGGUCGGCCAGCCAAUCGCGGACACGUCGCUCAACAUUGGAACACGAAGAGACAUUCAGCGAACAGCGGAUCGUGUUGCUCGGGCGCUAUUGUGGCCGCAAUCGAUGUCGAGACGAAGCUUGGGAGACUCUCUAGCUAUUGGGCAGGAACAAAAGCGAGUCUGGCAGUAGGAAUGUUCCACACAUAGGCAGAGGCCGCCGCCAAUACCGUCGAAUGAAUUAUCUACCGCUCUCUUCUAUAGCCUCGAGGUCCAUUGAUCCCGCC